UCUCCAUGGCUGAUCCGCAGCACCAGCAACGCCACCCCACUCAGAACUUGCUCCAACAGAAGGGUGGUCCUUCCACUUCACAAGUCAUAGCAGUGGUCACCCUCCUCCCCGUUGGCGGGGUCCUCCUCUUCCUGGCUGGUCUGACCCUCGCCGGAUCCCUCAUUGGCCUCGCCCUCACCACGCCCCUCUUCCUCAUUUUCAGCCCCGUCCUCGUCCCCGCCGCCAUCACCAUCGGCUUGGCCGUCCUCGGGUUCUUGUCGUCGGGAGCUUUUGGAGUCACCGCGCUGUCGUCGUUCUCGUGGAUCGUCAACUACUUCCGGCAAGCGAAGGGCCCCGCAAAGGAGACAAUGGGGUUUAUGAGAGAUAGGGCUAAGGAGGCUGGCCAGAAGGUUCAGGAUACUGCGAGGUCUUAGAGCUUGAAGGAAGUAAUAUAUCUAUCAAUAUAUAUAUAU